UUUUUUAAUUAUAAAAGCAUUAAGAAUAUACUAAGCUUGACAUAUUGUUCCAUAAAUCACAACAAUAUUAGUAACUUUUUUAAUUUCUCAUUUGAGUACUACAGUACAUAAUACAGUAAAAAGAACUAAAAAUUCUAGUUCAUUCCAACAUUAUUUUUAGAAUCUUGAAUUAUAAUAAUGGAAAAAUAUUUAGAGAAGAUAAGCAAUAGUAUUAUUUGUCGCGAUAAUAUCAUAAUGCAAUUGUAUUCUUUAAUUAAUGCAGAAAAUGAACCAUUGCCACAGAGCAUAUUUAUAUAUGGUCACAUGGCUACUGGAAAAUCAUUAAUUAUACAAAGUUUACUUGAUCAUUUGAAGUAUAAUAUCAGCUAUAUUAAUUGUAUGGAACAUUUUGGUAAUAGACAUAUAUACAAUUAUAUAUUAGAUGAUUUAGCAGUGGCCACAGAAAAAUCAAAUACUGAUAUACUGUCAAAGCAUAAUUGCGAUAAUAUGGUAGACUUUAUAUACACACUCAAAAAAAUUUCACAUAUCAAUGAACGUCCAAUUGUAUUGGUAUUUGAUAAAUUUCAUAAAAUAAGAGAUUUUGAUGUAACUUUUAUACCAGCAAUCUUAAGACUCAGAGAAUUGUCUGGUAUUAAUUUAUGUACAAUCUUUAUAAGUGAGAUCUCAUGGACAAAUUUUUGCACUAAAAUUAGUAUGUUGGAGCCUAUAAAAAUAUAUUUUCCACAAUAUACAAAAGAGGAGCUGAUUCAUUUGUUAUUAUUGGAUAAGCCACCAAAAUACAAUUCUCAAUUCUAUAAGAAUUACUUGAAUCUCUUUCUCUCUGUAUAUUUUCGAUUUUGUAGAGAUUUGAAUGAGCUGCGACAUAUGGCUAAAAUAAAUUUUACUAAAUAUAUAGAACCUAUAGAAAAUAAACAAAUUGAACCAAAUAAUGCUGCUGCACUAUGGCGAAAUAUUUCUGCUACUUUGAAAUCUAAUUUGGAAGUAAUUUAUCUCCGAGUUUCCACAGAUGAUCUUUUGCAGUCGAACCAUCAGAUAUCUCGAGAGAUUGAAUCAACAACAAAAUUAGCCUUGAGUUUCGAGCUACCGUUUUAUACUAAGUACAUGCUAAUUGCAGCAUAUUUAGCUUCACAUAAUCUGCCAAAAUAUGAUCAACGUAUCUUCAUGAAGAAGAGUAAUAAAAAAAAAAAGAAAAUUCGGUCGACUAAAAAUAUAAUGGAAACAGGUUUGCAGAAGAAACCACGAGUCUUUACCAUUACGAGAAUGCUCGCGAUCUUCUGCACUAUUCUUGAUGAAAAAGUAGACAUUAAUGCUAAUCUACUAGCACAAAUAUCUACCAUGUGUCAACUUGGCUUGUUAAUUGUUACCGGAGAUAGCAUUUUUUACUUAGACGAACCUAAAUAUAAAUGCAGCGCAAGUCGUGAUUUUGUCACAGUUGUAGCUAAGACAGUUGGUUUUGAUAUAAAGAAUUAUUUAAGCAUGGAUAUGAACUGAAUAUAUAUAUAGAAUACAUAUAAAUCUUAUAUCUUUGAUUACAUUUGUCUUCAG